AUGGUAUGGCUCUGCGGCAAGAGGCUCGUGUAUACCAAUAACCAGGGGAUGGUCGUCAAUGGUGUCUGCUCAAACUUCCUCUGGUUGACUCGCACAAACCCACCCCAAAAAAUCCCCACCUCCUACCUCCCCGACGGCGCCCCACCACCCCUCCUCCCCAGCCGCGCCGCACCACCUCCUCCCGCGACAGCCCACCACCUCCUUCCGGGCGGCGCCCCACCACCUUCCCCCGGCGGGCGCCCUCCACCUCCUCCCCAGCGGCGCCCCCACCACCUCCCCCGGCGGCACCCCACCACCUCCUUCCCGGCGGCACCCGACCACCUUCCCUGGCGGGGGCCCUCCACCUCCUCCCCGGCGGCGCUCCUCCACCUCCUCCACGGCGGCACCCCACCACCUUCCCCUGGCGGGGGCCCUUCACCUCCUCCCCGGUGGCGCUCCUCCACCUUCUCCCCGGCGGCGCUCCUCCACCUCCUCCACGGCGGCACCCUACCACCUUACCCCGGCGGCGGCCCAACACCUCCUCCCUGGCGGCGCCCCACCUCCUCCUGCCCGGCGACGCCCCAGGACCUCCUCCCUGUUGGCGCCCCACCACCUCCUCUCCGGCGGCGCCCCACCACCUCCUUCAACACCGGCGGCGCCUUCAACUCCAUCCUUCCCCUGCAUCCACGCGAGUCCCAUCCGCGCCUCUGA